AUGGCAGAGGGAGUGAUUUCCGGCUUAUUGGUAAACGCCUUGACAAAUCUGGGAAAAUCAGCUGUAAAAGAGGCUGCAUCAUGCUGGGGUGCACGAGACGAUUUGGAAAAGCUAGAGGACACCUUAAAGGUGAUCAGAGCUCGAGUUCGCGAUGCGGAGAGGCACCAAGAAGAGGAGCGCAGUGACACCUUCAAAGAGUGGCUUCGGAGGCUGAGGGUUGUGCUUUACCAAGCUGAUGAUAUGUUUGAUGAUGUUCUCACUGUCGACCGCCAGAAACAGCGGAUAGAUGUCAACAAGCAGGUUUGUGUUUCUUUCUCGAGGUCUGGCAAAAAUCUUCGUUUUGAUUGGAAAAUAUCUCGACAAAUCAAGUCUAUUAGACAGCAGCUUGAUAAAAUCAAUUCAGAUAUUGGCAUUGCUAACUUAAAAUUGAACGUUUAUCAUGGCGAUGAACCACAACCACUAAGGGCUCGCUAUGUAAGGAAUAGGGAAAGAGGAUCUCAUGUGAGAGAAGAUGAUGUUAUUGGUAGAGAAAAUGACAAAAAGAUUAUUACUGAAAUGCUUUUUGAUGAUGAUGGGAAAAGGGUUUCUGUAAUCUCAAUCGUGGGGUUUGGGGGUCUUGGUAAAACUACUCUUGCUCAACUCGUUUAUAAUGAUGAGAAUGUUCGGAAACAUUUUGAUCUUGCUGCUUGGGCAUGUGUACCUGAGGUUAAUAAUCAGAACCAAGUUCUGAGAACAGUUUGCCAGUCCUUGGGUUUUAAGGAUACCAGAGAACUCUCAGUAGAUCAAAUUGAAUCGAGCAACCAAGCAUCGUUAAAAGAUAAGAAAUUUCUUCUUGUCUUAGACGACAUAUGGGAUGAUGAACGGAAUAAUUGGUUGGAUCUGCUAAGGUUGCUCGAGUGUGGUGCAGAUGGCAGUAAAGUUAUUGCAACAACACGCUCUGCUAAAGUUGCAAAUGCAGUUGGUUCAACAGAAACUUACAAUCUAGGACUUCUAACUGAUAAAGAGUCCUGGAGUCUUUUCAAAAAAUAUGCAUUUAAAUUGGGGCAAGAAGAGAGCAAUCAUACUCUCACUCAGUUGGGGAAGGAAAUUGUUGACAGCUGCGGAAAGGUUCCCCUUGCAAUUAGGGUUGUUGGAAGCCUUUGUUACUCUGAAACUAGGGAAGAAGGCUGGCGACGAAUUAGAAAUGCUCGACUCUCAAAGGCAAAGGGAAAGGAAGACGAUAACAUCAUGCAAGUGUUGAAGACUACAUUUAUGAAAAGGAUAUUUUGA